AUCAGAUAGAGAUAACAGAUCAAUUAAGCACCCGAGGUAAUAACUGACAUAGAACGUUUUGCAGUAUCACCGACGAUAUGUACAUAGAUAAGAAAGCACGUUGCACUUCUUUUGUUUUGCUCCAUUUUUAUUACACCAAAUACGUACUUAGUUUCUGUAUUUAAUGGGUUCCUUUGACAUCCCGGCUUACGUUGGAAUUAGCAACAAUAAAGGCGAAAUUUAUGCAAGUUAGCUUGUGAAUAAUACAAUGAGAGUCUGCCCACUGCUGGUGAGUAUCACUGCAAUAAGUGCCUGCUUUGCAGCAGAAAUACCGCUAGAUGGCGCUCAUGCAAUAGACGUAUCCUUGCCCGAUCUGCUUCAAUCGGCUGGCGACAUCGCGACUGGGUUGGUGGAUGCAUUUGGAAAUCAAUUGACACCUAGUUAUUUCUUCAAUUUUGUUGGCAACCUUGUGCUUGGAUUUCCAAUUCAAUUCGCCUCAUUAAUAACAAGUACCAUAUGUGCUGCCGUUUUAACUGAAGAUGGCAUUAAUCCGGAUCCAGCUGACGUUCCCAGCACGGACGAUAUCUCUAUUCAAUUGCGCACAGCUUGUGAUAUAAAGACAUACCGACUGAAAGAUUUGGCAACCAUAGUGGAUGACCCUGACUUUGAUGCUAGCAAGCGAGUUGUUAUAGCUGCCUCCGGCUGGCUAACAAAUGCCAACAAGUCUGAUGAUGUGCUUGAAGGUCUGGGGAAAGCUUACCGCUGUCGUGGUGAUACAAAUUUCUUGGGCAUUGAUGUUGGUCGUUACAUUGAAACACUUUACACUUGGUCAUCUUUAAACACAAAAAACAUAGGCGAACAAGUUGCAAAUGCUUUGGUUGAUUUAACCAAAGUUGUGCCACUCGAAAACUUCCACCUGAUGGGUCACAGCUUGGGCGCACAAAUUGUUGGUGAAACAGCUAGAAAAUUUAAACGCUUAACCGGCAAACAAAUACCACGUGUCACUGGUUUCGAUCCUGCCGGGCCAUGCUUCAAUUAUGGUCAAAAGCUAAUUACACUUUCGACAGGCGAUGCCGAUUAUGUCGACAUUAUUCACACCGAUCCUGGUAUAGCCGCCCAGCCUCGGGCUACGGGUGAUUCGGAUUUCUUUGUAGGAGGUCGUUUUCCCAUACAAAAUGGCUGCUUGGAGCCAGUUUGUUCCCAUCAACGUUCUUGGCAGUACUAUGUGGAGUCUGUGUAUCCGGGUAAUGAGUACAAUUUUCCUUCUAAGCGUUGUGAUUCGCUGCUGCAUUUAGAGCAAGGGCGUUGUGUUGGUAAAGACUAUCCUAUGGGUUAUGCUGUGCCGAAAAACUUGAAGGGUUUAUUUGUCUUGAAGGUUAAUCCUUCAGAACCAUAUGGAACGAAUUCUUCAUCCAGUUACACAAGUCCAAGUUCGGAGUGCGGCAGUUGUGAGUCUAUUGGUUUUUCCAACUAGUUGGAAUUAAAUCAAGAUUCCUCAUAUUAUAUGCAUAUGUACGAUUAGUCUAUCUAAAAAGCUUUUAUUUUUUAUUCAUUCUGGAAAUGUUUCAAAUAUGUACUUUUAAAUUUGAGCAAAUUGUUAAAAUGUUUAGGUUGCAAAUGAAUUUUUAAGAAAACUUGAAUUCAAAUAACACCG